AAAUAUAAAAAUCGGUAAUCCCCAAACCCAACUCCUGAAAUCAACCCGAGCGCAGCGAUCGGCGUCAAUUCCACCAGACCAACGCCUUCGAUUGCCCUUUCUCUCUCCCUCUCUACGAUUUCCGAUUCGAAGGCGCCAUGACGACCUCUUCCGCUUCCUCACGCAAGACGUUGAGCAAGAUCGCGUGCAAUCGGCUGCAGAAAGAGCUGGUGGAGUGGCAGGUGAAUCCGCCGGCGGGUUUUAAGCACAAAGUUACUGAUAAUCUUCAAAGAUGGGUAAUUGAAGUCAACGGUGCGGCGGGAACGCUUUACGCCGGCGAAACUUACGAGUUACAGGUCGACUUCCCUGAGCAUUACCCCAUGGAAGCGCCACAGGUUAUAUUUGUGCCUCCAGCACCACUCCAUCCUCAUAUUUACAGCAAUGGACAUAUAUGUUUAGAUAUCUUGUAUGAUUCGUGGUCUCCCGCCAUGACUGUAAGCUCAAUCUGCAUCAGCAUUCUCUCAAUGCUAUCGAGCUCCCCGGCAAAGCAACGUCCAGCCGACAACGAUCGCUACGUGAAGAACUGCAAGAAUGGGAGAUCCCCCAAGGAGACAAGAUGGUGGUUCCAUGAUGAUAAAGUGUAAUUACUGAAUCUUGAAAUUAAUAAAUCUGUAAUUGGAGGGUGGGUGAUGAUAUAUGCCAUCCCACCUCUGUUAACCUCCCAAGGGAAGAAGAAAGAAAGACCUGGUAUAGUAUUUUGCAAAAUGCCCAAAAAUUCUAGUAUUAAAAAAAAAAAGGAAAAGAAAAAGAUUUGACCUUUUUAA